GGGACCCAACUGAAACAAAAGUGUCGGCACCGCGGCGGCGGCCUCGGCUUUCCCCUUCUCCCCCUCCCCCAGCCUCCUCCUCCUCCUCCUCUCUGCCGGGGACGCUCCUCCACCCCGCGCCUGGCCGCCCACCAUGGCUUCCGAGGAGCUUUAUGAGGUCAAAAGAAUUGUAGACAGAAGGAAGAACAAGAAAGGAAAGAUAGAAUAUCUAGUGCGGUGGAAAGGCUAUGGCAGUGAAGAUGACACUUGGGAACCAGAGCAACAUCUUGUGAACUGCGAAGAAUUCAUUCAUGAAUUCAACAGAUGCCACAACGAGAAACAGAAGGAAAGCAUAUUAACUAGGACAAAUAGGACUUCUCCCAACAAUGCCAGGAAGCAGAUUUCUAGGUCAACCAGUAGCAGUUUUUCAAAGAUGUCUCCUAAAUCAUUAGUGAUUGGCAAAGACCAUGUGUCAAAAAAUAAUCCGUUAUUUACUGCCAGCCAGAAGCUUCGGAAAAAUACAGCCCCAUCUCUCUCAAACAGGAAAACUAUAGACUUUACAAAAUCUGGUAUUAAAAUCCUGGUGCCUAAAAGUCCUAUUAAGAGUAGGACAGCAGUUGAGGAUUUUCAGAAUGAAAGUCCCGAUAAACUGGAUCACAUCGAUCAGGAUCAGGAAGACUCUUUGGCACCUGAAGUGGCAGCAGAAAAGCCAGUUGGUGUGUUCCUGGGUCCUGGUGCAGAGAGGGCUAGAAUGGGGAGCAGGCAAAGAAUGCACUCAUUAGUGCCUCAGCUGCCAGUUCCAGUCACUGCAACCAUCGUGUCCACAUUAACAAUCAAUGGAAAAGGUUCAUCUACCAUUUUGGAUGCAUUAGCCGCCAAUGGAACAACCAAUGUACAAACAUCUGUUUCAGGUGUGACAGCCAGCAAAAGGAGGUUUAUGGAGGACAGGAGAGACCAACCUUUCGACAAAAGGCUUCGUUUCAGUGUGCGACAGACCGAAAGUGCUUAUCGAUAUAGAGACAUUGUGGUUAGAAAGCAGGAUGGCUUCACUCAUAUUUUAUUAUCAACAAAAUCUUCAGAGAAUAAUUCCCUAAAUCCAGAGGUAAUGAAGGAAGUUCAAAGUGCACUGAAUACAGCUGCUGCAGAUGAUAGUAAGCUUGUGUUACUCAGUGCGGUGGGUAGCGUCUUCUGCUGUGGUCUUGAUUUCAUUUAUUUUAUACGGCGUCUAACAGAUGAUAGAAAAAAAGAAAGCACUAAAAUGGCAGAAGCCAUUAGAAACUUUGUGCAUACUUUGAUUCAGUUUAAGAAGCCCAUCAUUGCAGCAGUAAAUGGUCCAGCGAUUGGCCUUGGAGCUUCCAUACUGCCUCUCUGUGAUGUCAUUUGGGCUAAUGAGAAAGCUUGGUUUCAGACCCCAUACACAACCUUUGGGCAGAGUCCUGAUGGAUGUUCUUCCCUCUCCUUUCCCAGGAUAAUGGGAUUAGCUUCUGCAAAUGAAAUGUUGUUCAGUGGAAGGAAGUUGACUGCACAGGAGGCUUGUGCCAAAGGAUUGGUCUCCCAAGUGUUUUGGCCAGGGACAUUCACACAGGAAGUAAUGGUGCGAAUUAAGGAACUUGUCACAUGUAAUUCAGUUGUUCUUGAAGAAUCCAAAGGUUUGGUGCGCAAUGUCAUGAAGAUGGACUUAGAGCAAGCAAAUGAAAGAGAGUGUGAAGUGUUAAAGAAAAUCUGGGGCUCUGCUCAAGGAAUGGACUCCAUUUUAAAAUAUUUGCAGAGGAAAAUUGAUGAAUUCUAAUUGGAUGCAGUGCUCAUAAAUUGACACUGGAAUUGAAUUUAAUAGGAAAUCUAUGGCUCAAAGAUACUCCAAUUCAUUUUUUAUGGGAUUUGUUAAGUGCUUACUAUGUGCAAAGCACUGUUCUAAGCGCUGGGGGGAU